CCCCUCGCCAUGAAGCGGCAGAACCUGCGCACGGCCGCUCUCAUCCUCUGCAUCUUCUCCUACCUGCUGGUGGGCGCCGCGGUCUUCGAUGCGCUGGAGUCGGAGGCGGAGAGCGGCCGCAAGCGGCUGCUGGAGCAGAAGCGCGGGGAGCUGCGGAGGAAGUACCGCUUCUCCGCCGACGAUUACCGGGAGCUGGAGCGGCUGGUGCUGCAGGCCGAGCCGCACCGCGCCGGGCGCCAGUGGAAGUUCGCCGGCUCCUUCUACUUCGCCAUCACGGUCAUCACCACCAUCGGUUAUGGGCACGCUGCUCCGGGCACAGAUGCUGGCAAAGUCUUCUGCAUGUUCUACGCCAUCCUGGGCAUCCCCCUGACCCUGGUCAUGUUCCAGAGCCUGGGGGAGCGCAUGAACACCAUUGUGAGGCUACUGCUCAAGAAGAUCAAGAAGUGUCUGGGCAUGAGGACAACCCAUGUCUCCAUGGAGAACAUGGUCCUGGUGGGCUUCCUGUCCUGCAUGGGCACCCUGUGCAUUGGCGCCGCAGCCUUCUCUUAUUUCGAGGGCUGGACUUUUUUCCAUGCCUACUACUACUGCUUCAUAACCUUGACCACUAUUGGCUUUGGAGACUUUGUGGCUCUGCAGAAGAACGAGGCUUUGCAGAAGAAACCCCCGUACGUGGCUUUCAGCUUCAUGUACAUCCUGGUGGGCCUGACCGUCAUCGGAGCCUUCCUCAACCUGGUGGUGCUGCGGUUCCUGACCAUGAACUCGGAGGACGAGCGGCGGGACGCCGAAGAGCGAGCCUCGCUGAGGAGAGCCCACAACAACAUCCACCUCAAGCCAAAAGAGGACAGCCGCAGCAGCAAUGCCAUUUUUCUCCCUGUGGAGGACAGGACGAGCCAGAUGAACCUGAUCCCGCUGGUCCAGGAGGACACGGAGAGGCAGCGGCGCCAGUCGGCCGCCUCGGCGGCCGCGGUGCCGUCCUUCUGCACCUGCCUGUGCUACAGACCCCAGGUGUGCGGCAGCCCCGCGCCCUCCCACCCCGAGACCCUGAGCUGCCACACCAACCCUGUGUAUUACAACUCCAUUUCCUACAAAAUCGACGAGGUGUCCCUGAGCACACGGGGUCAGACCGGCUCUUCCCCGGGGAGCACUUUGUCUUCCAGCAGCCCUCGCUGCCGGCAGCAUCCCCGGCUGCGGAGGAAAUCCAUCUAG